GUUCGUGGAUCGCCACAUGGUAGCACAAGGCACAAAAGGGCAUCUCGCCCUAGAUAGUACAUGGAAAUGCAAGCUGAACAUCAAUGGCGUGGCUUAAAUAGGACCUAUGAGACUCUCUCUGCCCCUGCUCCCCUCGUUAUCCAGAUCACAACGCCUCGAAACGCCUCAUCGACAGAAGACAAACCUACUACACCCACUUACACAAUCCAUUCACUGACAUCACAGAACCAAACAGAGCUUAACGUCCAAUAUUUCAUCAGCAGGCAGAAAAAGGGCUGUAUUGUAUCGAUCUCACCCAAGCCAGUAAGGUUCGCAGCAGAGACAAACCCACCCCACGAUCAAAAAGGAAUCGCAUGGAGUCUCGCGCCCUCGCCACCUCUCCGGCUUCGACUACUAUCUACACACACAUCUCCCCGUUUCUCUAGUUACCAGGCCGGGCGUCUACUCCUCAAGCCGCGUUCCCAGAACCCUGCCUUCCAAAGCUACACAACUCAAAAAAUCAAAAUAGAACUCCAUAUUUCACUCAUCCCAAUCCCCCAUAUCGACACAUUUGCGCGUCAACAUAACAAGAUGACGCCAAACAAGAAGACACCGUGAUAUCCCCCCUUUCCCUCCAUCUACCACUGGCUACUCCCGAGAUACGAAAAAGCCAAGAGGUAAGACAGCAAAAAAAGGGGAUAGACCGCAAAAUGUCGACUACAUACAUGAAGUGAGAAAGAAACAAAGAGCUUCCUCAACUUGAAGACGCGAAAUCAUCAGGGAAAACAAAUCGAGCCAGAAAUUCCAGUCGGAAAGGAAUCACCUGACCCCCAUCUCCCUCAUCUCCCCUCCCCAUUUCUUUUGUUCUGUUUCCACACCAUUGAUCGUCUUGUCCGAGUCCAUAAUCCCUCGCUCAAGUCCUUCCCGUAGACUACUAACGCCUAGA